AUGCGCAUUCUCGAUCUUGCUGUUGCUCUUUCGAGCCUGGCAGCCUUCGUCGUGGCUGCUCCGACCUCCCCUGGGAAAACUCAACUGCCCGAUGGAAUGCCUUCCCCGAGCCCAGACCAGCUGAAACUGAUUGAGCAAAAUGCUCAUGGAACUCUGCCAAACGGUCCUCCUCCGCCAGUGAUCAGCAGCGAUGGCAUUGUGAACCUGCAGUUGAUUGCAUUCAACGAACUUUUCGAAGUGGCAUUCUUCAACGAACUGAUCACCAACAUCACCAACAAAGUCGAGGGUUAUGAUAUUGACGAUGAGGAGGAUCACGUCAAGGCCCUGGAUGCCUUGAAGGCAAUUCUUGCUCAAGAGGAACUGCAUGCCCUGCGUGCCAACGACGCCUUGGAACACUUCAAAGUGAACCCUAUCCAGCCCUGCCAAUACAAGUUCCCCGUCGACGACUUUGAAUCUGCCAUCGCACUCGCUGCGACCUUCACCGACGUCGUUCUGGGUACCCUACAGGAUGUCGUGGAACGCUUUGCUCUUGGGCGCGAUGUCGAUCUCGCUCGCGAAAUUGCCUCUGUCAUCGGCCAAGAAGGAGAACAACAGGGAUGGUUCCGUGUACUCCAGGGCAAGAUCCCAAGUGAAUUGCCCUUCUUGACUACCAGCGACCUCAACUUUGCUUUCACUGCUAUCCAAGGCUUCGUCGUGCCGGGUAGCUGCCCCAAUAUCAAUGAGAUUCCACUGAGAACUUUCGAAGGAUUGGAGAUUCUUACGCCCGCUGGCCCUCUCAGCCAAAAUAUUACUAUCCAGUUCGAAGACCCCAACAAUGAGGCGGAGCAUUUGCUGUGGUUGACCUAUAUCAAUCAGCAAAACUUGCCGAUUGUUGAGCCCAUCCGCGUUGUCAGCCGGAACGGCAAGGAGGUUAAGGCAGAAGCGCUCUUCCCCUUUGACGAUAAUGAAAUGAAUGGCUUGACCAUUGCUGCAGUGACCAAGACUGACGGUCCAUUCAGUGAUGCGAGCAGCGUGGCUAAGUGGACACUUGCUGGGCCUGGUUUGAUCAUCGUCAAUUAA